AUGGCGCAUUCAGCUGCUAACUCCGCUGUAAUCUACGACUCUACGAGUGAUGCGGGUGAAAGUGAUGCUUCAACCUGUGAAGAGGGGCCCAAUUCAAUGGGCCGACUGAGUAUUAUGGCAAGAGUCCGCUCGCUCCAGCAGGAAAACACGGUGUUGAAAAUAGAAGUUGAUACUCUCAAAUUACGAUGCAAAAACCUAAAAGAGGAGAACGAAGAACUCAGGAGAGCGCGAGUUAAUUUACAAGCACGAGCGGAGCAAGAGGAAGAAUACAUAAGCAACACACUCCUGAGGAAGAUCCAAUCUUUGAAGAAAGAGAAAGAAGUUCUAGCUACCACAUACGAACAAGAGGAAGAGUAUCUGACCAAUGACCUCAGUCGAAAAUUGGCUAAGUUGCGAGAAGAGAAGAUGCAGCUGGAGAAUACACUGGAAGUUGAGCAGCAGAACCAAAUUGGUCGGCUGAUGAAGAAGAUUGAAAAAUUGGAACACGAAACAUCGAAAAAACAAGCGGCUUUGGAACAGCUGAGAAGAGACAAAGUGGACCUUGAAAACUACCUGGAACAGGAACAGGAACAGCUGGUGAACAAAUUGUGGAAGCAAAUGGACGACCUUGAGAAGCAGAAGCAAGACCUCAUCACGCAACUGAGUGACCAGAGUCCACCGAAGAGCAACCCCAGUGCCGCUGUUGUCGGAGAGGUGGAGGAUAAAAGCAGGGACAGUGUCAGUUACCACGAAACGUGUUCGGAACAGAGCAGUGCUGCGAACGGACAGGCACAUGAGGACCAAUCGGAUGCUGAUGGGGAUGAUGCCUCUGGACUGUCGGACAAAGUGGACGAUUUGAGGUCAGAAGUCAGCAGACUCAAGAAACAACUCAAGUCUUGUCAGAUUGAACAUGCGAAAAGGCUGAAGGAGGUGACGAAGGAAGAGGAUGCUCUGAGAGCAGAGAAGUUACUGCUGGAGAGGAAGCUGGCGAGGGAGAAAGAAAGAUCGGAUGCUCUGAACAAACAGUUGAGCGAGAGCGAAUCGUCCCUCGAAAUAGACGACGAAAGACACUUCAAUGAGAGCAGGAAGAGCGCGUCUAGUCCCAUUCCAGUGGUGCCUGGAUCGCCACUCCAUCACAGAUCCAUUUCCGGAGGUCUCAAUAUUCAAGUGGGAUCCCCAGUUACAGGUGCCUCCAUGGUGGCCAACAAGUGCAUCAUGUGUGGAACCCACUUUCCCGCGGGAAGCCUCCCACCCUCUGCUGCCGCACCCGGCGGACCCAUCUCAGCCGGCACCGCCGCCUCUUUCUCCUCCCUCCAUCACCACUCCACCGGAGGUCACAUGGGAAGCAAUGCAAACACACCUGCGGCGACCACAGGAAUCGGAGGAGCUCACGCAGGAUGCAGUGGGAGCCACGGGUUGUUCUUCCCGCCCGGGGUAGGGGCUGGUCUGCCCUCCCCAAAUGCCAAUUCAUUCACGCCAUACGGUGCUGCAGCCACUCAACAACGAUCGCGUCUCGUGAGUGGGUCAUCUACCACAUCUCAAAAAUCUCCCAGGGGCAGUUUCCUCAACGAGUCAUCAGGUUAG